GAUGCUUCCAUCGAGUUGCGACCCCCCUUGCAACAUGUUCAACUAACAAUCAGCUGUAUUUAUUUAAAGAUAGAAAAUUGAGUAAUUUUUUUUAGUUGCAGAUUUGGUUUUUAGAGCUGGGAAUCCAUCGAUUGUGUGUUAAUAUCAGUAAACAAAGUGCAAAAAAACAAAAUUAUGUACUGAAAGAAAUGUCCAAUACCCCAUUUUGGCUUUUAGUGCAAUAAUCACCGAAAACGGUGCUGAAAACAAAACAAUUGGCAGUUUCACUCAAGAGGGACGUUCUUUUAGUGUUUAUUGGCGAUCAACACUCAGGACGCCAUGGAGGAAUAUUGCACUAAUCCUGGGCAAUCCAGUAGUGGAAGCAAUACAGCGAUUUCAGCAAAAGCAGCAUUAAGCGAAUGCUCAGCGGCUUGGAUCAAUUAUUUGAGUAUUCUAAACAAUUUGUGUACUGCCGGCUGUAAAUUAGCACAUUCGAUCGCUGUUCUAGAGCAAUGGUCCUUGAACGAAAAGCCGCUUUUCAACAAUCACCCAACAUCGUAUUUGACAAAUUCUUGGAAUGAUUUGGCAAGGGCAACCACAAUGGCAACGAGCACCGUCAAGACUCACAUGUUGGCGGUAUUGCAAGAUUUUGUUACUUUAUCAUCUGUGGACCAAGCUCCCAAUAUUAACAAUGAGAUGGAGCAAAAAAGAAUUAGGGAACACAACGAACUAAUUGUACUCGAGAAUGCCCAAUCGGUUAUAAACAUUCAACAUCAGUUUUGCGCCGCCAGCUAUGAUGCAUUUUCAUCGCUAACAUGCUGCUGUGUUUGCCAAUCACCGGUAGGAUUUCCACAUGAACAGGACUGCAGCGUACUGAAACAAAAAUCUCAGAACGAUCAACGCUCCCAAACUCCAUCACCUAACUUUUGUGGCACUAGUAUGAAAAUGGACUCGUCCAAGGGGAAUUCUUUAAGUGAUCAGCGCUCCAUAUCAAUUGGAAUUUCAGAGUCUGUUGUGCUCGAUCAGCAGCGCGGCUCUUCUCCACAACAAACAUUUCGGGACACAAUCCCAAUGCAAGCCAUAUUCGAACACACAAGAGGUCCUUUGCCAAAUCCGGGUCACUUGCUCUCAAUGAAAAUGCCUUUCUAUCGAAAUGUGAAAUCGCCAUUGAAUUUUCCUUUAUUUCCGUUAAACGGACAGCGACGUUGGUCCGAGGCUGCAGCUGGAGAAGUGAUUGAUGGCAUUCCCACCGAUCCGGAAAGCCAAAUGAGAAGAUGGUCAAUGCCAUGGGAAGCAUCUAAAUCGGAUCAAAAUACGGUGACAUGGAACCAGACACGAAUUAUGCCAAUGAAUACCACAAAGAUAUCAAUUUACAAAAUGAACAGCUCUGAUCGUUAUACAUCUCAUACAUCAGAAGGAAAUUGGCCCACUUCAACAACUAGUCAAGAUGGCUUAAGUGAAGCAAUUCAACUACUAUCAUUCAGACCAACAAAAAUUGUUCAGCCCAAUGCCCAGCCUGCCGUUUCAUCGCCAACAUCGGAUGCCGUUACAUUAGACUAGACUAAGUCUUGAAAUCCAUUUAAAAACAAUUAAGAAUAUUUUAGAAUGUUUAGAAAUUUAUAUGUAUGUGUAUGUCUAUAUGUGUUUAUAUGUAAGAACUAAAUUGUGGUAAAUAAAACCAAAAGACAGACGGCCCUUAAACUUUGGCCAUGCCUUUUACUGUGAAAAUGCA